AUGAAAUUUUCAACAAUUGCUUCAUCAAUCGUAGCAACAUUCUUAUUCAUCGGUCUCUCCGUGACACAUCCUCUAUCCAAUGAAAAGGAUAAUGAUAAAUUAGAUCCAAUGUUCUCCUUACCUGAAUUAAUCGCUUUAAAAGAUAACACAAUCCCACCUAAUUGGGAAAUUAAAGAUAAUACCAUAUUGAAAGAAGGUAGAUUUAUCCUAACACCAACUAAAAAUUCAAAAGGUUCACUUUGGUUGAAAAAACCAUUCAAUUUACAAGAUUCAUUCACCAUUGAAUGGGUCUUUAGAAGUGUUGGUUUUAAAGAAAAAUCUAAAAAUGGAUUAUCAUUCUGGUUCAUUAGUGACAAAACAUCCACUAAAAAUGAUCAAUCAUUGUUUAACGGACCUUCUAAGUAUGAUGGGUUAAACAUCUUAGUAGACAGUAAUAGUCCCGUGGGUCCAAGUAUUAGAGCUCAAUUGAAUGAUGGACAAGUUAGUUUCAAGCAAGAAUCUAUCUAUGAGAAUUCUUUUGCUUAUUGUUUGUUCGGUUAUCAAGAUUCAUCAGUACCAUCAACUAUUAGAUUAACGUAUGAUAGAAACGAUAAUGAUUUCUUAAAAUUACAAGUGGAUAAUAAAGUUUGUUUUCAAACAAGAAAAAUCAAAUUACCAAAGGAUUCUUAUAAGAUUGGUGUAUCUGCUCUCGUCGGUAAUAAUGAUGAAUCUUUUGAAAUUUUGAAAAUGAAACUCUUUAAUGGUGUCAUUGAAGAUUCUUUAAUUCCAAACGUUAAUGAAAUGAGUCAACCAAAAUUUGUUACUCAAAUUGUGGAUACUGAAACUGGUAAGACAAAAUUAAUAGAAAAGGAAGUUCAAGAUAAAUUAGAUGAUAAAGUGACAAAUUAUGAAAUUUUGAAAAAAUUAGAUCGUGUAGAAGGUAAAAUCUUAGCAAAUGAUAUUAAUUCAUUAGAAUCGAAAUUAGAUGAUAUUAUUAAAGUACAAGAAAAUUUAAUUAAAUACAUCAACCAUUUAUCUUCCAUUGUGGAAACAUCCAAUGGGAAUAAUGGAGGAUCAUCAAAGGGUGUUGACGCAUUAAAGGCUGAAUUUAAAGAUUUGAUCGGUGCAAGUUUCGAAAAAAUGUUAGAUGAUCAGGAAAAGAUUAGAGAACAAACAAAACGUACAACGGUAUCUGGUCCUCACAUUGAUGAUAUUGCUACUAAAUUGGCUGUUUGGAUAUCACCUUUAAUUAUCAUAAUGGCAAUAAUGGCAUAUUACACUGUACAAAUUAGAAAAGAUAUUAGUAAAACAAAACUUCUUUAG